CCCAAAAGAGGAACAAGUCGUUAACGAAUCUCCUUCUGAAGAUCAAGCUGUAAAUCCAAAUCCUAUGAGUAUGAUGCAAACGCUAAUGGAAAAAGUAAUAUUAUUAAUAGAUAACCAGCAACAGGCAGUGCGAAACUUAAAGGAGACAGUUAUUGAAGUCCAAACUGUACCUGAUUUGACAAGUUCUCUUCCUGAAUUUGGUGGUACUACUACAGAGAGUGCUGACGAAUGGUUGAAUUAUAUUGAAUUGACUCGAAAUCAACACAGACUAGCUGAGACCCAAGUUCUUCCGCUAGCCAUCAGCAAACUGAGAGGAGCAGCGAAAAACUGGCAUAAAGCAAUUGGUUACCAGCUUAACAAUUGGACUGAAUGGAAGACAAGCUUAAAAAGCGAAUUUGGUAAAAGACUGACGUUGAGAAUGUGGUGUGACAGAGUGAAAGAAAGAGAACAAAGACAAGAUGAAAGUCUCACAGAUUAUUUCUAUGCUAAGCUGUGUUUGUUGCGUACUAACUGUCCUGUAAAUGUUACUGAAGCUGACGAAAUUGAUUAUUUGCUGGAUGGAAUAAAAAAUAAACAACACACAGUUACUAUUGCUACUCAUGAUGUGCACAAUAUUGCAGAACUACAGCGUAUAGCACGCAAGAUAGAUGAGCAAGAGACUGAGGCCAGGAUGCAUAUGAAGACUCAAGUUCAACAACCUCAUAAGUUCUCAAAUAAUACGAAUGCUCGAUUAAAGGAUCCGGCUAUUGCAGUUGAUUUUAUUAAACAUACAGACGAGAAGUCGAUAAGAAGAGACCCCAAGUGCAAUGCUCAGAUGCCUUUACAAAUGACCCGAUGUUACAAAUGUCAACAGUUAGGACAUCUAGUCAAGACAUGUCCAAAUGAAAAUAUUGCACAGAUCAAUGAAUAUAACGCUGAAAGAGGAGGCUCAAAAGAGAUUAAAGACAGCAAGAAACAAAAACAAAAGAGCAAUGCUUUAAACAUCAAUGCUAACGCUUCUAAAGUUCAUAGCCCAUAUAUUAAAUACAAAAAAUUAAAUACAUAUAACUUCCCCCUUAAUGAUGACAAGUACGGUUUUUGCACGACCCCUAAUUGCAAUGAGAUUAGGCUAUAUUUUGAAACUUUUGUAGGCUAUAUUUUUUAAACUUUUGUACAAUUUAUCUAUUUAUGCUUACAAAUUAUUUAUAGAUAGUAUAACCAAUAGAUUUACCGUAUAAGCUAACUCUUUAAAAUUUACAGAUGAAAACAGUUGACAACUGACUUGUCAGUUGUUUGCAGUAAGCACUUUCUGGAAUCAGAUUAUAAACCAG